CCCCAGCCAUGGGUUUCACGACGCCAUGCACGGGAUGAGGCAGUGGGCCUGACCCGGUCCCUCUUAUGUCCAAAUUGAAGCUGGAGAUGCCGAAGACGGACGGCUCGGAUCCUCUCGGAUGGCUUUUCAAGGCGCAUGAGUAUUUCGUCUUCUACGGCGUCGCAGAGGACGCGCGCCUACCGGCCGUCUCCCUUAUGCUCGAAGGUCCAGCCUUGGAUUGGUUUCGUUGGCGUCAACGGAACGUUCUUGUGUCCUCAUGGUCGGAUUUUGUGUCCCAAUUCAAGCUCCGCUUUGACCCUUUGAGUUAUGUGGACUAUUUUGGGCUGCUUUCGAAGUCUCUCUUCCAUGCAGGUUUGAAAUCUCACUUACAACAUGAAAUUAUGCUCCUCAAGCCAGGUUCCUUGUCCGCUUCUUUUGCUCUUGCUCGGGAACUCGAAGUAAAAUACACGGCUUGGACGUCGGCUAUGCCACUGCGGCGGGAGGGUUUUCGUGACCAGACAGCCUCUAAAACUCCAAACCCCCCUUCCAACUUGCCUCUACUACCGUCAUCAGGGACUAAGCCGCCACUAGCUACCAAGUCCACGGCCGACCUUCCUGUCCGGCGUCUCUCGUAUGCCGAACGCAAGGAACGGGAUGCUAAGGGUCUCUGUUACAAUUGUGAUGAAAAAUGGGUGAAGGGUCACAGCUGCGGGUGCUUUUUAUUAUUAUUUGAGGAUGACAUUGCCGACGAUCCUGGUGCACCCCCCGACGACAUGGUCCUCACAGUCGAUGUUUCGUCCCUCCAUAGCUUGGUGACCCCGCGGUCCUUGCGGCUGUCCGGCAUGAUUAAUACAGUGGUGGUCGACGUCUUGAUUGACAGAGGAAGUACCCAUAAUUUUGUCCACCCAUCCAUUAUUGAGCGGGCACAGUUACCCGUAGCGAAUGUCACGCCCUUCCGCGUGUACGUGGGCAACGGCGAGUCAUUAGUUUGCUCCCGACAAAGUCUUCAGGUUCCACUUUUGUUGCAAGGAUUUCACUUCUGCGUCGAUGUCAAUAUUUUGCCCAUCCAUGGGCCGGAUAUGGUAAUCGGAGUUCAAUGGUUGCAGUUAUUGGGUCGGGUGACGCACGAUUACGCGAAUCUAGUUAUGGAUUUCACUUGGCACGGAAAGCCGGUAACUCUCCGCGGUGACCCACUGUCGCCUAAACCCCUGUCAUUCCAUCAUUUUAACAGCCUUUGUGCUGCCCGGCAAGUGGCUGAAUGUUACGAGUUGCUGAUCUCCCUUAGUACGGCAGAAGCUAGCACGACCGGAGAAGAAUGGCCAGCAGAUCUUCCGCCUGAGAUUCUCCGGGUUCUCCGCCAAUACCCUGGGGUAUUCGCUCAGCCUACGGGUCUGCCCCCUCGACGCCUCGCUGAUCACAGAAUUUUCCUCCAGUUCGGGACCCACCCGGUGAAUGAAGGUCAUUCGGACGACGGGCAGCUUUGCCACCUGUCACAACCCCUCCCGGCGAUUUUACAGAGGAUCCACGCCGAAAACACCACACGGCCAGAUUUGCAGCGCAUGCAUGGGGAAUACCAGCGGGGGGUUCUCCAGCCACCGUUCUCGGUCAUCAACGGCGUUUUAUACUACAACACUCGGCUUUGCAUCAGUGGGGAAUCAGACCUCCGGUUGGAAUUAUUGAAGGAGUACCAUGCGUCUCACACCGGGGGACAUACGGGGGUGCACCGUACGUUUCAACGUUUGGCGCAGUCUUUUUAUUGGCCGAAGAUGCGGGCGGAUGUACGCCGCUUUGUGGCUAGUUGUCAGACCUGCCAAACCACCAAAUUCUCCACGCAGCCCCCGUCUGGGCUCCUCCAACCUUUACCUAUACCCGUGCAGAUUUGGGAAGAUAUUAGCAUGGAUUUUAUCACGGGCCUUCCGCCCUCUCGCGGGUCCUCGGUUAUUUUUGUGGUGGUUGAUCGCUUGUCCAAGUAUGCCCACUUCGGGGCGCUACCAGGGGAUUUCGACGCCCACCGUACGGCUUUCUUGUUUACGGAUAUGGUUGUUAAAUUGCACGGCAUUCCCAAGACAAUAGUCUCCGACCGCGACAAGAUCUUUACUAGCGCCUUCUGGAAGGAGUUGCACGCCUUGAGCGGGACUACACUCAAGCACAGUACGGCUUUUCACCCUCAGACGGAUGGCCAAACAGAGGUUCUCAACCGCACCCUGGAGCAAUAUUUGCGGGCCUUUGCCCAUGCCAAACCCAAGCGCUGGACCGUCUUGUUACCGUGGGCCAAGUACUCCGUCAAAACUAGUUACCACCACGGGCUGCAGAUGACACCUUUUCAAGCAGUGUAUGGUCGUCCGCCGCCGGAACUGAUCCCCUAUUCUCGUGGCUCUGCUCGUGUUCAGGCGGUGGAUGACAUCUUGGGAGAACGGGACGCCCUCUUACGACGACUACGGCUUAACUUGGAGUUGGCGCAGAACCGAAUGAAGCAGAUGGCCGACGGGAAGCGACCGUAUCGCUUAAAAUUGCCGGACACAUCUCGCAUCCAUCCUGUUUUCCAUGUUUCCGUUUUGCGUCAUUUUCGGGAUGGAGGUGACAGUGAGCAACUUUUGCCCUUACCUGCCGAGUUGGUGGAUGGUCAGGCACCAUCCCUACCUGUCAAGAUACUUGAUCAGCGUCGGGUUUUGCAGCAUGGGAGUCCGGUAGAUCCAUACCUCGUCCAGUGGAGUGACGGAGGGGUGGCAGAUGCAUCUUGGGAACCGGUCGAGACCAUGCAGCGGAAUUUUCCCAACCUUCACCUUGAGGACAAGGUGAUUCCUGAAGGGCGGGAGAGUGUUAUGGAUUCAGAGCAACGUGCAGAGACGCAGGUCCGGCGAAGUGGUCGGUCAGCACAGGUGGUGCCACUUCAGCGGAGGAGGUGGUGGUCCAGUCAGCAGAGGUGGGUCCGUGAGUUCCACGUCAGCAGUUUGUGGGUCCAAGUGCCACGUCAUCAUCCAGUCAGCACCACGUCAGCGGGUCUAGUCAUCAGUGGGUCCCAUCGCCACGUCAGCAGGUCCAGUCAUUGUGUGGGUCCCGUUGGUGAUUUUGGAGAGAAGUUGGUUCUGAAUAAUUUUGACGCCCUGAUUCCAUUUUUGAGGCUAGUUUCCUCAAAUUUGGAUUGUUUGGUAUUGGUUGAUUGCUGCUUGAGUGGAACUAUGACUACCUUGAAGUUUGAAGUUCCAUUAUUUGAUGGAAGAACGGACUUCAUGUUGUGGCAAUGCACGAUUCAAGACUAUUUGGUCCAGCAAGGUCUUGAUUUAGCAUUGCAAGAUGAGAAGCCAAGUGAUAUGAAAGAAUCAGAGUGGAGUACAAUCCAGAAGAAGACUGUCAGCACAAUUCGGUUGGCACUGUCCCCACAGAUUAAAGUGACAGUGCUGAAAGAGACAUCACCAAAGAAGCUGUGGGAAAUGUUGGAGAGCAAGUUUGCGUCGAAGACACUUACUAACCGGUUGAUGAUGAGGAUGGACUUGUACUCACUGAAGAUGGAAGAGGGAGGUAGCGUAAUUGAUCACAUCAACAAUUUUAAUGAGCAAGUAUCAAGGCUGUUAAAUGCAGGGGAGAUUAUCAAGGAUGAAGAGCAAGAGCUGCUUCUAGUGGCUUCACUACCAAAAUCCUUUAAGCCGUUUGUGCAGUCAAUGAUAGCAGGAAGGACUACACUGCGACUACAUGAGUGGGGGCCUAACAUCUAUGAGGUUUGGGAGAGGUCAAACCGUUUGAGUGUUGUAUACAUCAAAACCAAAAUUCCUUCUGGUAUUCGUGGCUCUAUUGAGAAGUAUGACAAUGUAAGGGAGUUACUGAAGGCUCUGGAUAAACAUUUUGAGACCUCUGAUAAGGCACUUGCCAGCACCUUGAUCAUGAAGUUCUCAUCUGCAAAGCUCACCGGUUUAAGAGGUGUGGGAGAUCACAUCAACAAGAUGAGAGACAUAGCGGCUCAACUAAAAACCCUUGAGGUUGACAUGUCUGAAACUUUCCUAGUUCAUUUCAUACUGCAUACUCUUCCUCAUCAGUAUGGCCCUUUUAAAAUCUCUUAUAACACACAUAAGGAUAAAUGGUCUAUCAAUGGACUCAUGGCCAUGUGCGUACAAGAGGAGGGCCGGUUGGUGAUGGAAGCAGGUGAAUUCGCACUAGUUGCUAGCCAUGGAAAGAGGUAUUCUCACACAAAGAAUAAAGGAAAGGGAAAGAUACCUCCUCAGGCGGACAUAAAAAAGGAAUCCAAGUGUUUCUUCUGUAAGAAGAAAGGACACAUUAAGAAAGACUGCAUCAAGUAUAAAAAGUGGAUUGAAAAGAAAGGGAUUGACAAGCCUACGGAAACCAGUGGGACCUGAGCAAUGCAUCUAUUCUGGAAACAAGAUUGCAUCUCAUGUCAAGGCUAUUGGAACAUGCACUAUAGUUCUUAGAAGUGGUUAUGUAUUAAGUUUAGAAAAAAACAUUUUAUAUUCCUAGUUUUUCUAGAAACUUGAUUUCAAUUUCAAGACUUGUACCAUUUGGUUACUCUUUUAAUUUUUCAAAUUCUUGUUUUAGAUUAUUCUAUAAAAAUAAACUUGUUGGAAAUGG